GAUCCGAGUGGUUACCACCGAAAUAACAUCGAUGAUGAUGUUUUCUUUUUAUGUAUAUGCAUUGCGUUUAGAUUGUUAGCUUAAUCAGACCAGUUAAAAUGCUAUUGGUGUUACAGAAAUUUCGAUAUGGAAGAUUCUGGGUUAGAGGAUGAAUUGCUUCAUCUUGGCUUUGCCAUAGAAAUCAAGAGAAGACAACUAGAGUAUCUUUGUAGACAGCACAGGAUUUUGUUCCAGCCAUGGCCAAAGAGCAAACAGAAAGAAGAAAAUGCUGAAAUUAAAAAUGUUUCAGAUGUAAAAUCAGUGCCAAAAUUGACUCCAGAGGAACAGAUGGGACUGGAAAUGGUACACAGAGUGCUGAGCAAAGCCGAAAAGGCCAGAACUAGUCAUAAGGUAACUGAAGUAAAGAGAGGGAAACUGGAAACAAGCGAAGAACUUUUAAAACAAGUAGAUCAUUCAAAAUGUCUUGUUACAGAAAACGUAAUGGCAGGGGACAGCCUUGUUUCAACGAGGAAAGAUGAAAAUGUUACCGAUUCACUAACAAAACAGCAGGUGAAUACAGCUGCAGCCGACACCAAUAUUAAUUGUGCUCAAGAUACUACCACAUUCCUCAAAUCUCAAAAUGCCCAAACAGACAUCAAAUCUAAUAAAAUAUUACAAAAUAGUAAUACUUCAAACAAAAGAUCAUUCCAACCAAAUGCCUUUCCAUUGAAUUCUGGCAAAAAUAAUAAAAUCAGUAUGGAGCCUGAGAAAAGACAAAUUGCUUUCAGUUCCACCUCUAAUAAAAACUGUACAGCAUCUCGACAACUUGACAAACGUACUCUCAGUAAGCCAUCGACAGCUGAUUCAGUUAGAACAUCUCGGCCUCGAAGCAAUUCAGCAAAAGUCCGAUAUCAAGCUCAUCGUAAUGCACCUUUCAAAACUGACCCAACUAUUCGAGUUCUAAGCAGGGCAAAAGUUUCACUUUCCAAGCAGGCUGGGUGUGUGUUAAAACAUUCCAAACCUUCUGCUCCUACCGGAACACUAAGAAGCGCGUCUGCUCCAGCCAUAGGGUCUGAAAAGUCUCAAGAUUUGAAAACACAGGUGGUUCAGAGAAACUGUGAAGCUGAACUGCAAACUCAAUGUAAAGAUUCAAUUAGUGUUCCUGAGGUCUUGGAACAAGGCCGUGUUGUUAGUACAGACAGUCAUGACGGUUUCAUUCAUUCUACUGACGGUGCAAUUCGUGAACUGACCAGUCAAAUGGAAGCAUUCACAAUAUCAAAAGAUGCCGAUAUUAAAUCUCAGGAAAAAGAAUGUGAUACAAGCAAAACAUUUUGUUUGGUUAGUGAUGGAUCAAAGCUUUGUGUACCAGGAAAAUUGAGGCGCGUGUAUGCCAUUAACUGUCGAUUAAGACAAAACUACCAAAAACUGAAGGUUACCAGAAAAGUUGGAAGUGGUGAUGUUGCUUUAGAUUUAAUGGAGAAAAUAGAGAAUGAGUUUGAUGCACCUCAUGAUCUUUUGAUUCGGAGACAGUUGGUCUCUUGUCUACAGAGCCAUAAAAACUUGCUAGAUCUUUUACAUAAACUCAACUUGACUGCAAUAACUGAGUUAUCUUCUCCUGAUGAAGUACUCCAUGCCAAGAUGAUGACAGAGUUUAUCUUAACCAGCUUCGACAGUCUUCAGCAGGAGUGUUCUGAACUGAUGAUAGUUGAUGUAAAAAGAUAUCUCCAGAAAGAAACAUCUGAAAUCUUCCACAAUACAGAAACAGUUCCACUCUACUGGCUUCCAUCAAAUGCAUCAUGUGGUCAUCAAACACCUCCCUGUCCAACUAGCUUGUCAUACCAGACAAGUAAAGACGCGAGCCAUUUCCAUCAUGCCAUAUUUCAACUGCAGCUCCUUCAGCUCCAGACCAGGUUAAUCGAGUCUGUAAAAACUCAGUUCUUACCUCUACUUCACAGUCUGGAUCCGUCUUCACACGAAUUCAUCCCAACAUUCCGAGGGAUCUAUGCUCUACUAACAUCAGAAGGCCAACAUCAACCUGGCUUUGUUGGAGACUCUCUAGACGACUUGAUACCAUCUGCAUGUAGCUGAUGUCGAUUUUUGGAUUCCAUUCCAUGGUUCAAACAAUUUUUCAAAAUAAAAUGAAUUAAUCUCAAAACUUUUUAAAAAUCCUAAAUGUUUGUGAAAGUCUUCAGUAACAAUAAUUGGUCUCAAAGUUGCAUAAAGAACAAAAAUAUUUACACAUUUUUCUUGUGGAAUUAAAGAUUACGUCUUGAAUUGCUUGCCUGUGUAAGAAACUGCAUCCAAAUAAUUUCAUUUACCAUUACUAAAUUUAUACUAUUGCAGACUGCACCAAGGGUUACAAACACAUUAAUGGAAAAUGAUACUAUCACACGCAGUGCCACUAUCUUUGGCAGUGGUAGACUCGUUAACUAGCAGAACGACACUGGCGUGAUGUCACUAAGAAUAGCAAUGAAACGUACACAAUGACGUAACAAAAUAGUCCUUUAUAGUCUAGCCUACAAAUAGGCAGUCUGCUUUUAGUCUUCAAAACAUGUUUUUGUUUGUAUUAACGUAGGGAAAAUAGUGUGUACUUCCAUGUUAGUCCUAAAAUGGAUGGCAAUCGCAGGACUUGUUUUGUUUUCGUAUACAAUAAAAUAUCACAUUAUCUUAG